GCCGGGGGCUCGGAGCAGAGCCCGGGGCGCCAGGCCGAGCCGAGGUGGGACGGACCGACGCGGAGAGGAAGGGAAGCUGCAUCCCGCGGGCCGCCCCCUCCUGAAGCAAGCCGGGGCGACGGCCGCAGGCGCCCCUUCCCUGAGCGCACUCGUCCUCUCGCCCCCCGCCCCAACAAUGGGUUUGGGGCAGAAGGAGUCGCCCCACUGCGGGAAGGGGGAUACCUUCUUGAAACAAAAAAUUUUCCUGCCUGCUCAUACUUGGUGACUGGGGGAUUACUAAGACUCCUGUCUUGCUCAUUUCUGAGUAUUGUCUGAACUAUUCCUGGCACUAUGAAUGCUAUUUGGAUGCCUCUUAAGUCUGUUCUCUGGGGAGGCAGUAAGGGGCUGUGGAGCUGGCCUCGGCACCGGGAGAGGCUGGACGUCCUGUCUCUCUGUGCUGAAUGGCUGCGAUGGCGCCCGCUCUCACUGACGCAGCAGCUGAAGCACACCAUAUCCGGUUCAAACUGGCUCCCCCAUCCUCCACUUUGUCUCCUGGCAGUGCCGAAAAUAACGGCAACGCCAACAUCCUUAUUGCUGCCAACGGAACCAAAAGAAAAGCCAUUGCUGCAGAGGAUCCCAGUCUAGACUUCCGAAAUAAUCCUACCAAGGAAGACUUGGGAAAGCUGCAACCACUGGUGGCAUCUUAUCUCUGCUCCGAUGUUACAUCUGUUCCCUCAAAGGAAUCGUUGAAAUUGCAAGGUGUCUUCAGCAAGCAGACAGUACUUAAAUCUCAUCCUCUCUUAUCUCAGUCCUAUGAACUCCGAGCUGAGCUGUUGGGGAGACAGCCAGUUUUGGAGUUUUCCUUAGAAAAUCUUAGAACCAUGAAUACAAGUGGUCAGACAGCUCUGCCACAAGCACCUGUAAAUGGGUUGGCGAAGAAAUUGACUAAAAGUUCAACACAUUCUGAGCAUGACAAUUCCAGUCCCCUUAAUGGGGGAAAACGACCUCUCACUUCAUCUUCUCUUCGGGAGGGUGAAGUGGUGGCAUCUGAAUCUGGGGACUUGAAAGGGGGUAUGACCAAUUGCACUCUUCCACAUAGAAGCCUUGAUGUAGAACACACAACUAUAUUUAGCAAUAAUAGCACUGCAAACAAAUCUUCUGUAAAUUCCGUGGAACAGCCGGCACUUCAAGGAAGCAGUAGGUUAUCACCUGACACAGACUCCAGUUCUAACUUGGGGGGCAUCAAGUUAGAGGGGAAGAAGUCUCCCCUGUCUUCCAUUCUUUUCAGUGCUUUAGAUUCCGACACAAGGAUAACAGCUUUACUGCGGCGGCAGGCUGAUAUUGAGAGCCGUGCCCGCAGGUUACAGAAGCGCUUACAGGUUGUGCAAGCCAAGCAGGUGGAGAGGCAUAUACAGCAUCAGUUGGGUGGAUUUUUAGAGAAAACUUUGAGCAGACUGCCAAACUUGGAAUCCUUGAGGCCUCGGAGCCAGUUGAUGCUGACUCGAAAGGCUGAAGCUGCAUUGAGAAAAGCUGCCAGUGAGACCGCCACUUCAGAGGGACUUAGCAACUUCCUGAAAAGUGAUUCGAUUUCAGAAGAAUUGGAGAGAUUUACAGCCAGUGGUAUAGCCAACUUGAGGUGCAGUGAACGAGCUUUCGAUUCAGACGUCACUGACAGUAGUUCAGGAGGAGAGUCCGAUAUUGAAGAGGAAGAAUUGACCAGAGCUGAUCCUGAGCAGCGGCACGUGCCCCUGAGGCGCAGGUCAGAAUGGAGAUGGGCUGCAGACCGAGCAGCUAUUGUCAGCCGCUGGAACUGGCUUCAGGCUCAUGUUUCUGACUUGGAAUAUCGAAUUCGGCAACAAACAGAUAUUUACAAACAGAUACGUGCUAAUAAGGGGUUGAUAGUUCUUGGAGAGGCGCCUCCCCCAGAGCACACAACAACAGACUUAUUUCUUCCACUUAGUUCUGAGGUGAAGACAGAUCAUGGGAAUGAUAAAUUGAUCGAGUCUGUUUCUCAGCCACUGGAAAACCAUGGUGCCUCUGGUCAUCCUUCAGAGUCAUUGUCUACUAAAUCAUGUGGAGCAUUGAGGCCUGUCAAUGGAGUUAUUAAUACUCUUCAGCCUGUCUUGGCAGACCACAUUCCAGGCGACAGCUCUGAUGCUGAGGAACAAUUACAUAAAAAGCAACGACUGAAUCUAGUUUCUUCAUCACCUGAUGGCACCUGUGUGGCAGCCCGAACACGUCCUGUGCUGAGCUGUAAGAAACGGAGGCUUGUUCGACCCAACAGCAUCGUGCCUCUUUCCAAGAAGGUUCACCGGAACAGCACAGUGCGCUCUGGCUGUGAUGUGAAUCCCUCCUGCGCACUGUGCGGCUCAGGCAGUGCCAGCACCACGCCUCCAGAAAUCCACUACGAAGCCCCUCUGUUGGAACGCCUUUCCCAGUUGGACUGUUGUGUUCACCCAGUUCUAGCAUUUCCAGAUGAUGUUCCCACAAGCCUGCACUUCCAGAGCAUGCUGAAAUCUCAGUGGCAGAACAAGCCUUUUGACAAAAUCAAACCUCCAAAAAAGUUUUCACUUAAGCACAGAGCACCCAUGCCGGGCAGUCUGCCAGAUCCAGUUCGUAAAGACAGGCACAAGUUGGUCAACUCCUUCCUAACAACAGCCAAGCUGUCCCAUCACCAAACUCGGCCUGACAGGACCCACAGGCAGCACUUAGACGAUGUGGGGGCCGUGCCUAUGGUGGAGCGAGUGACAGCGCCCAAAGCAGAGCGCUUGCUCAACCCACCGCCACCCGUGCAUGACCCAAACCACAGCAAAAUGAGAUUGCGAGACCAUUCAUCUGAGAGAAGUGAAGUGUUGAAGCAUCACACGGACAUGAGCAGUUCGAACUACUUGGCGGCCACCCACCAUCCACCACACAGUCCCUUGGUGCGACAGCUCUCUGCCUCAUCAGACACCUCUGUACCCACCAGUUCUAGCCCACAGGUUACAGCCAGCGCGUCUCAGCCAGUAAGGAGGAGAAGGGGAGAGAGCUCCUUCGAUAUUAACAACAUUGUCAUCCCAAUGUCUGUCGCUGCGACCACCCGUGUCGAGAAGCUGCAAUACAAGGAAAUCCUUACUCCCAGCUGGCGGGAAGUCGAUCUUCGGUCUUUGAAGGGGAGUCCUGACGAGGAGAACGAGGAGAUCGAGGACCUGUCUGAUGCAGCCUUCGCCGCCCUGCACGCCAAAUGUGAGGAGAUGGAGAGGGCUCGGUGGUUGUGGACCACGAGUGUGCCACCUCAGCGGCGGGGCAGCAGGUCUUACAGGUCAUCAGACGGCCGGACAACCCCUCAGCUGGGCAGUGCCAACCCCUCUACCCCCCAGCCUGCCUCCCCUGACGUCAGCAGUAGCCACUCUUUGUCGGAGUUCUCCCACGGGCAGUCCCCCAGGAGCCCCAUUAGCCCGGAACUGCACUCGGCCCCCCUCACUCCGGUGGCUCGGGACACGCUCCGACACCUGGCCAGCGAGGACACCCGAUGUUCCACACCAGAGCUGGGGCUCGAUGAACAGUCUGUCCAGCCGUGGGAGCGGCGAACCUUCCCCCUGGCAUACAGUCCCCAGGCGGAGAGUGAGGACCAACUGGAUGCACAGGAACGGGCGUCCCGCUGCACUCGGCGCACCUCAGGCAGCAAGACUGGCCGGGAGACAGAGGUGGCACCCACCUCGCCUCCUGUCGUUCCCCUCAAGAGUCGGCAUCUGGUGGCAACAGUCCCAGCUCAGCGUCCAACUCACAGAUGAGUGGGAUACGAGAAUCUAAACAGACUCACUAACUAUUGGCAUUAAAGCUUCAGAAAUCUCUGCGUUUGAUAUUCAAACAUCAUAUGCUGAAAAUUUUCACAGUUUUUAGUGAAUUUAAGGAAUUUAGAUUCUA